AUGGUCCCGGACUUGGCCGAGACUUCGCUAGAUCAGCUUUUCCAGGCGCUUGCGCAGGAAACCAAGCCGGUAGUCGACGACGAGAUGAGUGAGUUCGACAAGAUCCAACGCCAAAUCGAGCAGCUUCCAAAGAUCGAGUCUGGGCUAGAGGCGUCCAUGCAAAAGGCAGUUGAUCAGAAGCCCCUGCGGUCGUUUGCCGUGAAAAUCGACGAUCCUGUCACGAGAGCCAGGAAGGUGAAGAAGGAGGAGAAAACCGACUCUGGCGACGACUGGUUCAACAUGAAAAAGCCGGAGAUCACUCCCGAAAUCAAGAGAGACUUGUUGAUUUUGAAGAACAGAAGUGCCUUGGACCCUAAGAGACACUACAAGAAGGAGAAAUGGCAGGUUCCCAAGUUUUUUCAAACGGGAACGAUAAUCGAGGGCAACACCGAGUUCUACUCUGCACGGAUCUCCAGAAAGAACAGGGGAAAAACACUAGCCGCAGAGAUCUUGAACGACAGCACCACGACAGAGUACUUCAAGCGCAAGUACACGGAGAUCCAGAAAGUCAACAAGAGCGGAGGCAAGAGCCACUACAACAAGCUCAAGUCGAAGAGAAGAGGCUACUAG